GUGUCAGUAGCCAGUGGAGGAUGAAGAAGCCAGCGGUGUUGUACCUUUCCUGGACAUUUAUGGCUAUUCUUAGCUCUCAUUUUGGCAGUGGGCAUGCGGAGCACUGUAAAACAGGGAUGUAUCCUCCAAAAGGCCCGACGUUUAAAGGAGAUGUGGCUUGGUACACUAUAGACCUCAAUUUGCACCCCAGAGAGAGAUGGACAGAGGUGAUAAAGGCGAAAACAGUUGAACUGAAAAACAUGAUUCAGUCAAUGAAAGACCUGUCAUUUGGUUUUUUCCAUGGAAAACUGGUCCAGUUAGUCGACAACGAGCUGCCUGUAAUUGUGGACACACUUCCAUAUCCUUUUAAUGAGGAAAUUAAAGGAAUUGCAGCUGUCUCCGGUGUACCUUUGGGAGAAGUCGUAUUGUUUAAUAUCUUCUAUGAGGUGUUCACUGUGUGUACGUCAUUGGUUGCAGAAGAUUUGAAAGGGAACUUAUAUCAUGCCCGCAAUAUGGACUUUGGCUUGUUCAUGGGGUGGGAUCAGAAGAAUCAAUCUUGGACUCUAACAGAGAAACUUAAACCUCUGGUGGUGAAUGUAGACUUCAGGAGGAACAACAAGACAGUCUUCAAGUCGACUAACUUUGCUGGCUAUGUGGGAAUACUCACCGGUAUUAGACCUAAAGAGUUCACGUUAACAAUGAACGAACGUUUCAACAUGGAUGGAGGAUACAUAGGGAUUCUGGAAUGGAUCCUGGGAAUGAGAGACGGCAUGUGGAUGAGCUUCCUCACACGUUCAGUCUUGGAAAAUGCAACCAGUUAUGAGGAUGCCAGAAAAGACCUCGCUCAGACCAAACUGCUUGCGCCUGCGUACUUCAUACUGGGUGGAAACCGGACAGACCAAGGCUGUGUCAUUACAAGAGCAAGGACCAAUAUGCUGGACAUCUGGGACAUUAACCUGAAACUGGGAAGGUGGUAUGUUCUGGAGACUAACUAUGAUCACUGGGAAGCACCCUUGUUCUUGGAUGACCGCCGGACUCCAGCCAUGAAAUGCAUGAAUCAGACCACGCAAGCAAAAAUAUCCUUUGAAACCAUAUACAACGUUCUUUCAACCAAACCUGUCCUAAAUAAGCUGACCGCGUACACCACGCUGAUGGAGGUCUCUACUGGGAGACUGGAGUCUUACAUCAGAGACUGCCCCAGUCCAUGCUCUCCAUGGUGAUCUCCUUGUCUGGACCAGCUUUGCUCAGCUGGUUAACAUGGGACAUAGUUCUCCGUGCCUGAGGCUUCGUGGAGUCGUAACGCAAAAGUUUGGAUCAGCGCUGGGCUUGGUUCUACCUCUGAAUUUUAUAGCACUUAUCAUCUGCUUGGUCACAUGUUCAGAGUUAUUUUGUGGCUGUUUUGUUCGGUUUUCUCAUAUGCAUUUGGACUAGCAUGAGUGAGAUCUCCAUUUUAUAAAGGAAAAGAGAGUGUGGAGUACUGACUGAAUAGCAGUGUUUCGCUGCAGUAAUGUCUGAUCUUUGCCACUGAUCUGUUUCAGACAAAUCAGGCUAUCACUUGUGUAUUGCCUUUAA